AUGGUGCAAGGUCAGUGCGAUGAUGGAUAUGAAGGCUUUAUGGUGCAAGGUCAGUGCGAUGACGGAUAUGAAGGUUUUAUGGAGCAAGGUCAGUGCGAUGAUGGAUAUGAAGGUUUCAUGGUUCAAGGUCAGUGCGAUGAUGGAUUUGAAGGUUUUAUGGCGCAAGGUCAGUGCGAUGACGGAUAUGAAGGCUUUAUGGUGCAAGGUCAGUGCGAUAACGGAUGUGAAGGUUUCAUGGCGCAAGGUCAGUGCGAUGACGAAUAUGAAGGUUUCAUGGCACAAGGUCAGUGCAAAGACGGAUAUGAAGGUUCCAUGGCGCAAGGUCAGUGCGAUAAUGGAUAUGAAGGUUUCAUGGCACAAGGUCAGUGCGAUGACGGAUAUGAAGGUUUCAUGGCGCAAGGUCAGUGCAAUGAUUGA